AGCCUUGCAAAGGAUCUCUACGAACCUUCAUGUUUUCCGGAGUUUGAAAAGUUUACACCCUCUUUUCUGUACUUCGCUCACUCUCUCACCCUUUCUGCAAACAAUUUGAAGUGUAAUUUCUCAGCGCGCAUGUCGUUUUUCUCCGCUUCUUUAAUACAAUUUAGCACGGGCCGGAUCUUAUAGGGCUUUUGUCUCAUUCAUGACUCAACUCAUCUGUUUGAUGUAUAAGUUUUUCGGAUUAAUUCACUCUACUAACUAGGAAUAUAGGUCAACCCCUGAGAGGAAUUGGGCCAAUUCGGAUGUUUUUCUGCAACUGUUAUUGAUGGAAGGAGAUGUAGAAUGUACAUCGGUUUGGAAGAUAUUCGUGAUAGGAUAUUAAUUGGAGAAGUUCGAUUUUUCAUUGUACCCACUGAAUUCCUGAUAAUUGAUAGCAUAAAAAUUAAUAGAUAUGCAGAGUGAUACGAUAUGACAAUGUAUCGUUUAGAUUUUGCUGCUAAAAGUUUAACUUGAAUUAAUAAAUUAAUGAUCUUGAAUCAACAGUAACAACCACUGAAAGUGACAAAUUUGUUAAGCGGUGAUGGAGAUAUGAUAUCGAUACUGCCGUCUGUUGAGUUUUAUCAGAUUGGAUUCUUAUAUUGAUACAAGGAGACAAAGUCAGUCAAAAUUUCAGGAAAACUGCCACAGCAGUCACUUUUUUUGGUAGAGGUUCAUUGAGGUUGAGCUUCGUGAUUGGAUUUUAAAACUUUGAAAUCAUGAAGGAUUUCAGGACACCACACGUUUGCAUGUUGCAGACGAUGUUUCUUGGACUCGUUUUGGCGGGAACUGUCUAUUCACAAAACAUUCCACGUCUCGGGACCUGGGGUAGGAGUCAGAUUAAUCUGGUCAAUAAUGGAUAUUCUGGAAUCUUAGCAGCCAUCGAUCCCAGCAUAGCCCCAAAUGACACUUUAAUUCAAACUUUCAAGAAUAUAUUAACAAGUGCUUCAUCAUUUCUUUUCAACGCAACGAAUCGACGAGCGUUCUUUCGAGAUAUAUCCAUUCUUAUCCCCAAAAGCUGGCCUCAUCAACCAACCCACAAAUUCGCCCCACAUACUGCACAGUUCGGUACAGCAAAUCUCUAUAUUAGACCAACUGAGAGUAACCCGGACAUACCCCCUCAGCCUUUCGUACGUCAGCCAGGAAGAUGUGGGAUUCCUGGUGAAUACAUGCAUCUUACAACUGAUUUCAUUAUGGAUAAAGAGCAAUGGGGUGAUCCUGGUAAAGUGGUUGUUCAUGAAUGGGGUCAUCUUAGAUGGGGGCUCUUCGACGAGUACCCCACCCUCCCAACCGAUCCAAACUUCUACAUCAACAGUCAUGGUCGUCUAGAAGGUAACAAGUGUUCUGAAUCAAUAGUCGGAGUAGCAAUGCCUUUAAGAUCAUCCACCGAGUCUGCUACUCGAGGAGAUCUGCAGGUGCCUGGGCAAUCAAGAGUUAAUUGUCGGGUCCAAGAAGGGGAACUCCCUCCUUACCAAUGCCGCUUCCGACCUAGCAACAUCGAAAGACAAACUGCAUCCGGGUCAUUGAUGUAUAGCACCCAGAUCCCAUCUAUCAAAAGCUUUUGCCACAGUGACCCGAACGGUGACCCAUCGUCUCUCCAUUCCUCUGAAGCUCCGACCGAACAGAACAGACAAUGUCAAGGUCAAAGUUCAUGGGAUGUCAUGCUCAAGUCACCUGACUUCCUUAACGAUGUCAAUCCACCUGUAACCGGCAUGGUUGACACUACACCAACAUUCACCCUGAUUCGUCAGAAGUUAAGGACAGUCAUAGUCAUUGACCGAUCAGCGUCCAUGAGUGAUGACGAGGUAUGGCAGGAUGUUGUUAGGAUGACUCAACGUUUCAUCAGCGAGUCUCCAGAGACUAGUCAGGUAGGCAUUGCCUCCUAUUCCGACCCUGGUCAAAAGCCCGUCAUGAGAUCCUAUCUUCGAGAUAUGACACCCGAGGGUAAAGCACAACUCCUUUCAAUCGUCUCAAGUCUUCAGUCACCUCAAGCUAGCUCCCAGACCAACCCUGCACUGGCUCUCCGUCAUGCCUAUUAUAAAGUACUACUCAAUAAUACAGGGCAAACAGAAAUGGGAGUUGGAUCAAGCAUCCUUCUCUUCAGUGGAUGGCAAGAUAGUUUAACGAACGUUGGUAAUCAAAUCACCUUCCUACGAGGACAGGGAGUCGAAGUUAAAGCCUCCGAGUUUGGACCACCAUCUACCGGUCCACAGAGUAUCAAUAUUUCGGGUAUCCUAGAACCGAGUCGGCUUUACGGAUACUUGCCCGGAUCAAACCCGGUUGAACCACCUGAACCCGUUUUCCGCGAUCUCUCAAAUGAUCCUAGACUGAUUCAGAUUGUUCGACGAGACUUUGACAAUGUGAUGCCCCAUCGGAACUUGACCACACCAGUGUAUAUUGAUGGUACUGUUGGUCGAAUGACUACAUUUCGUAUCUCAUGGGACCAAAAUCCAGUGACUGUAGAGUUACGUAAUCCAAGUGGUUAUGUCUACACACUAAGGUCGACAUCUGUCGCUGUAGUCGACACCGCUAGACAGAAGGCUGAUUUUAGGCUCCCUGGUUUGAUUGAGAAAGGAGUGUGGUAUGUGAGCAUAAAGAAUUUAGAGAUGGAAUAUCAAUCGGUAGAACUGGAUGUAUUUUCUGCCGCUGCUAAUCCAACCCAAGUCCCAAUCCAAGCAAGACCUCUCGUCAUGCUUCCAGAGGUUGAUGUUGAUGUAGAACCUGUACUCAUUCUAAAUGGUGAAGUAAAGCAAGGAGAGAUGCCAGUAGUAGGAGCAACUGUUACUAUCUCUGUCGAUCGUCCAAAUUCAUUUCCGAUCCGGGUCACAUUGAGGGAUAACGGAAUAGGUGCUGAUGUUCGGAAGAAUGAUGGGCUAUAUUCAGCAUACUUUACUGAUUUCACCGAGGAAGGCAGCUAUAAAUUGGACAUGAGCGUUGUGGGUGACAAUACAGCUUCCAAACAAAGACAGUCCUGGAUGGCCAGUGGGGUUCAGCCAGCUAAUUGGGACGCUGUAGAGCAGCCUCUUGCUAUCGUUACCAUGGAUCCGUUCAUGAGAGCUCCACCAGAGGCACAAGUAGAGGUAACUGGUAAUGUAGCAGCAUUGAUGAGUAGAGAUAAUUUCCCACCAGCACGAAUUAAAGAUCUUGAGGUACUUGAUUAUGAUACCAACGCAGGUACAGCGAGGCUUCGUUGGACAGCCAUGGGAAAUAACUACGAUGCAGGGAUAGCUGCAGAAUACGAGAUCCGAUACAGUAACAGUGCUAGCUCAUUAGCUCAAUCCUACUACUCAGGUGUCGUUUUUCCUCAAGCUCUCGUCCUUGAUGGUAACCUAAUGGCUCCUAAACUGAGUUAUCAAACUGAGAUCAUGACAGUCCGUAUUCCACAGAAUGUCUGUAAUCCUGUAUGUGGAAUCCGUCUCUUAGCUAUUGACCAAGCUGGAAAUAGAGGAGAUCCAUCAAAUAUGGUGACGAUCGUUGGAACUACAGGACCUCCAACUACUCAACAGACUGUUACCUCGUUCCUUGAUUUCACAGCCGGAACGGGCGUCGAUGCUGGUGUUGGAGGGGGUAGAGGUGGUGCAGGUACUGGUCCCAAUGGAGGUAGAGGUGGUGGAACUGGUACUGGUACUGGAACCUAUGGUGGAGGAGGCGGAGCUGGCACUGGUACUGGGACCUAUGGUGGUGGUGGCGGCGGUGGAGCAGGAACUGGUACUGGUACCUAUGGUGGAGGAGGCGGAACUGGCACUGGUACUGUUUGGGGUGGAGGUAACGGUGCUGGUAGAUCGCGUCCUGUCAACCCACGAAUGCGCCCGACACCAUCCGGACCUUUCGGUUUUACGCCAGGAAUUAUCGACCCAUCUAUACCAGUUUUUUACCCAACACCCGGUAUUGGAUCUGGUAUGGAUACAGUCCCGACUCAAAUACCAGGAUCUCCUCCAAAAGGGAUCAAACCUCAAAACAAGAAAAAGACUACUACUAUAGCUGCCAUUGCAGUGGUUCUUAUUCUUUUGUUCAUUACCGUUAUUGUAGUAUACUCGAUAGUCAGACACGGAGUUCGUACAAAGCGAAAUAGAGAUUCUUUUGCGAGACCAAACGACCCUGAAGCUGACCCUCGGACGGAAAAGCCAAGAAAGAAAAGAGUGAAAAGAAAAGUAAACGAUGCUUUAGUACUUGAAGACAUGUAGAAUCUAAAGAAACGUGAUGUACCGUGUGCUUUUGGCCUAAAUUCUGCAAGGAAGCUUCUAUACCUGGCAUAUCCUUUCUCCUUGGAGUAUGAAAUAGGAUUAAUGAAAGGGAAGGUAUACAUAUUUACCCCACCUUUUGAACAGCGGCGCUUGUACCAUUCGUUUUUUCUGCAGUAUUGAUGUUUUUGAAAAUCAUUUCUUUUUAAUAUCUUUUAUUCUUCGUGCUUUCAGUAAUAUAUUUUGUUUUACUCAUUUAAGCAAUGUUGACAUGUCCUGAACAAUGUUUAUCAUUUUCGUUUUGUUUCGUAUUGUGACUAUUUUGUUUCCAUUUUGAAAGAAAGGUGACCAGCUCGUAUCGAUGGUUAAUAGUCUUGAAUGCGACUGUAUGCCUAAUGUACCGUCGAUCAUAUUGGUGAAGGUAUCGCGACUAUAUUGGUGAUCUGAAGCUAUCAUUCAGAGAUGAAGCUCAAGAGAAAACACUCGAAUCGCUAGAAAAGGAUAGAAACGUGGUUUCCUCUAAUAUAAGCAUGGACCUAUUCAAUGCUCUAAGGAAAAAAAAGCUACCUUUAUACGGAAAGUAAGUUAGCCGUGGGAAUAAAGAGAACAAGGACACCCUUUUCUUCCGUGAUUGAUGACUUUUGUAAUCAACUUUUGAUCAAUCCUAAGAUUUUUGUAUGUGAUUUCUUUAUUUCAUUCUGAAAUCGAUUUCUUUGGAUAGUUCUAAAUUUUCAUGAGAUUGCACAGUGACUUGAGAAAUAUUAUCUGUUAAUUGAUUUUUGGAAUGUUUAUCCCUUAAUUAAUCAUCAAAGUAUGCUUACUUUCUUUGAUAAUUCAUGAAAGAAAUCAAAAUAAGAACACUUCCAUAUCAUGGUUUUAAAAAUGUAGUUUAUUUACGAUGUAAUAGAUGUAUUUUGUUAUUUUGAAAUAGCUUUGAAUUGUAUAUAUUGUGGCAAUAAGAAAAUGUAUUUCAUGUGAGAUGAUUGAUGUGUAUUAAUUUCAGAGUUCCUUUUAUACAAAUAAAAAAAAAUUGAUAUUUAUUUGAGAAAUCGUGAUUCAUUGAGAAAGUGAUAAUAUCAGAUGUCGUUUAGGAAUAAAAAUAUUCUUGUAGCAUGAGGUAUGUCAUGAAAGACAUCAAAGAAAUGAGGUAUGUCGUGUAAUAUUAUCAGAUAGCGUUGUGGUUACAUUUUUUUCCUUUACUGUGUCAAAACUGAUACUGUAAGCAUGGUAAGCGUAUGUGUUUUCAUCCUCUGUCUUUAGAAAGAACAGGGUUGGUAUUUUCUUAUAUUUUACUGCAUUUCGUUUUUUCUUUGUCAAUACAGAAACUUUUAUUUGUCAAUAAAGAUAUGUUCUAUGC